ACAGUACAUCAAGAAAACCAAACGCUACUUAUGCCACGACGAAAAUGAGCUUUGCGUCGUGGGAGACGAGGUCAGAAUACUUGCUUGCCGGCCCGUUAGCAAGCGGAAAACAUUUGUAGUCGAUCAAAUAGUCAAUCCAACACAGCGAAAAGUGGAUCUGACUGGGAAGUUGCACACCCAGUGGUCUUAAGGUGGUCCGUCUGGUAUCGGAGAGCUUCUGGUUGCAAGCCAUGCACGUGCAUUGUCGACGAUAUCCGAGUAUAUCAUCACGUACUAUAAAAAGAUUAGACAUAUGCACACUAUGCAGACAUAUUUUGUCUAUGUGCACAUGGUUGUUCUAACUUUGGAUUGGGAAGGGGCUAAAGGGGGGCGAGGGUGGAACACCAAACACUUUUGUAGGCAACCCCUGCACGCCACCUGCUCUAUAUACAAUAUCGAGCAAAGCUCGCGAACUAAUCUUUGAUAUGGUACAAUUGCCAGACUCCUUCAUCAUUAUAAACACCACGAAGCUGAAAUCAAAAGGAAUAUCGAACAGAUACUUGCUUAAAUCCACAUAGGCCUAUGCUAGAAACAAUUUGAGAUAAGGCAGUAGCAAUAAAGGCGC